UGGUAUCGUCCAGAAUCCUUGGUUUACGUCACCGGCUACUCUUAAGCGUCCUCGCUUUCACCCUCUCUCGAGUGGUAUCGCUCCGUUCCUCGAGCCGUAGCUUUCCUUCUCUUUCCCCCCCUGUGGCUGCACAGUGGUAUAGCCCGAGCUGAUUCGGCUCUAUCUAGCACCGCCUCUUGUCUAUUCCCUGACGCCCCCCAUCGCAACGGUAGUGGUGCGGCCCGGCAUUGCCCAGCAGCCUCCGCAGCUGUAGUUAAGGCCGCGUUGUUUGUCCUCCCUCCCGUCCUCCCUCCCUCCCACUCUCCUCCUUUGUUGAAGUGGUAGAGGCCGCUGUCGCUCGGGGAGCCGCUCGGAACCAGCCGCCGCCUUGUGUCCCCCUCAUCUCCGCUUCUCUCGCCCCCAUCGUCCCGCCUUCUCUGGGGGCUGGUGUGUAUGAGUGAUUUAUAACCGCGAGCCCGCGAUGUCCACGCCGGCCCGGAGGCGCCUCAUGCGGGACUUCAAAAGGCUACAGGAGGACCCCCCGGCUGGAGUCAGCGGGGCUCCCUCGGAGAACAACAUCAUGGUGUGGAACGCAGUCAUAUUCGGGCCUGAGGGAACCCCAUUUGAAGAUGGAACAUUCAAGCUUACCAUAGAAUUCACAGAAGAAUAUCCAAACAAGCCACCUACUGUUAGAUUUGUGUCUAAAAUGUUUCAUCCAAAUGUCUAUGCAGAUGGUAGUAUAUGUCUGGAUAUUCUUCAGAAUCGUUGGAGUCCUACCUAUGAUGUGUCGUCCAUCUUAACAUCCAUACAGUCUUUACUGGAUGAGCCUAAUCCAAACAGUCCAGCAAACAGCCAGGCAGCUCAACUAUACCAAGAGAAUAAGCGGGAAUAUGAAAAACGGGUUUCUGCAAUAGUAGAACAGAGUUGGCGUGACUGUUGACCCUGGAUGAUGCAAAUGAACACUCUGAUGAGGAAAUUAUAUGUAUGAAGUGUCUGAGUCAUCCUCCUCCUCCUAGCAUCACUGCAUUUACUUUGAAAAGCAAAAUAGCUGUUGUGCUGUUGCCACCCGCCCUCGCUGAAGCUUCUUUAUCCUUGGACAUCAGAAAGCGCCCCCUCCCCUCCCCCUUGAGGUCAAAUGUACUGUUCUUGGGUUACUUGUAAAAGAACUACUAAGGCUGAAUUCCCCUUUCUGUGAUCUACCAUCUCCAGUCUUAGGGCAGUAUUGUGCAUUUCUGUAGUGUACAAUAAGCUUUUAAUUGUAAUUGUGUUAUACACAGUGAUGCUUAUGUGUAGCUUGAUUUAAAAAGGGAUGUUUAUAUACAAUAUACAUUUUUAACUAUGAUGCAAGUGCUGAUCUGUCCAGGCUGGUCAUUUAACUGCUGGUAUCAACUUCACUGCAUCUGUAAGUACUGUGUGAAGAACUAACUUUUUCUGCUCUUUCUCAUUCUUCCAGGUUUUUUCUGUUCAGCAGUGUGUAUUUGGAAUUGCAAAACGGACUGUUAAUGCCAAGCUCAUCAGAGUAGGGUGGGGUGGAGGGAAAGAGGGUCACUCUAUGGGUCAUAUGCAAAGUGAUCUAUCAUUGUAGUGUGGUAACAUAUUCAAGGUGAAAUGCUAUGUAGCCCUCCUUUAGGAAUCUUAGGAAUAUCAGAAUUGUUUGGUAGUUUUCAAAGCUUUUUGAAUGUGGUUAUGGUGAGCAAGGGACAGGGGUUGACAAUAACUUUGCUAAUGGUAAAAGAGGGUAAAGAAUAAGGAAAAACCAAAGUGCUAAAAAAAUCAUUUCUAUAAUUUUAAUCCCUACAUUUUUGAAUGGAGAAGUUAACAAAAUGCUACUGCUUUGUGUUCUGUUGGGGGGGAAAAGUAGGACGGUCACAAGUGCUACUACUGCAUGCUUCAUUUUCUUCUCUCUCUCUCUCUCCUCCCCCCCCCAUCCCCGGGUACAGUUUUAACCAAAUUGUUCAACCUUUGCAAAAGCAUUUUUGUAAAGCUCAGUUUGUACAUAUUGGAUACCUUAUGCAGCAGUGUGGGAGGAGACCGAUCAGCGUGUUUGUCUGCUCUUUCUGUGUCUUCUGUGUAUACAUUGAUCUGUUCAACUUUGCACAAGUAACCCAUGUAAGAAACUGUACAUUUUUCAAUUAAUUGUAAAUAAAUGUGUAACCUUAA